AUGUCGGCACCACACAGACCGCCUGACAGCCAUUACAACAUCAAUGUGACUCUUAGUGACAUGACAUCGUUAGACAGGGAGCUACCUGAUACAAGACCGCCCAUAUGUGCCAAGUUGAAGUAUGACAUCAAAUCUCUUCCCAAGGUCAGCAUCGUUAUUCCGUUUUUUAACGAGGCGCCAACGAUGUUGCUGAGAAAUAUACACAGUAUUCUCAAUCGAUCGCCUGAUGAAUUGUUAGAAGAAAUUAUCUUAGUGGACGACCUCAGCUACGACGCCCCCCUGAUGGAGCCCUUGGAAAGAUUCAUAAAGAACAUUCCUCGCAUCUCACUACUUCGCAACGACCAGAGAAGUGGGUUGAUCGUAUCGAGAAUGCGAGGAGCCCGCAUCGCUAAAGCUCCGGCGAUAAUUUUCUUGGAUGCUCACUCGGAAGUUAACGAAGGAUGGCUGGAACCCUUGCUCGAUCAGCUGAGAAAGAAUCCGAAACAAGUUUUGCAGCCGUUCAUUGAUGGAGUGGAUAACAUGAAUUUGCAGUUUUCAGCUCCUUCCGUCUACUUCAAAGGCACUUUUAGCUGGGAUUUACGGUAUACCUGGACGAAAAUUGCAGAUCACGAGCAAGAGAGAGCUGUUGAAACUGGUGAACCGUUCAUAACUCCUACUUUGGUUGGUUGUGCCCUGGCUGUUAUGAAGGAUUACUUUUUUGAUAUUGGGUCAUUCGACGAGGGCAUGUACGUGUGGGGAGGAGAGAACAUUGAACUGGCCUUCAGGGCCUGGAUGUGUGGAGGGAAAGCAGUUACAGUUACUUGCUCCAGAGUUGGCCACGUAUUCAAACAAUCUCCAAACAAAUUUGAUGGAACCAAAGGAUCGAAAGAGGAAACCGUUCAAAAAAAUUUAAUAAGAGUUGCGGACGUAUGGAUGGAUGGAAUGCGAAAGUUUUUCUAUGGCACGACAUUGAUGUUUGAUUUCAAAAGACUUAAAUUAGGACCUGCUGAUUUGAAAACACUGAGAGAGCGGACCGAACUGAGAAAAAAAUUGAAAUGCCAUAAUUUUGAAUGGUACUUGUAUAAUGUUGUACCUGAAAUGCUCGAUCUCCCACCAAUGGAAAAAGAUUAUUACGUUGGCAUGACGUAUUUUUGCUUUGAACAUAAAAUAAUUCCUAAAAAUAACUUCGCCAUUAUGAAGAACGGAUUAAUGACUUACCGUGACAAAUGUGUAAAGAUCAACCAACCGAAACCGUAUUUAACACUAGCCGAAUGCCCGCCUGAAUCGGAAAUAGACAAAUUUGGCAAGUGGGAUUUGGUGAACUAUGGAAUGAACUGGGGUGGCAUAAAAGUCAGCAUAGUGAAGGACGACGGAGUGGUGGUAUAUUGGUGCAUCGUCCAGGUGACAAACGCCAUGCCACAGCAUAGAUCCGAACAAAUGCCUCAACUCGGAACUUGCGAUAGCAGCGAUAGCUUCCAAAUUUGGUCGUUCACAUACGCUGUUGAUUUUACACUGGUGCCUGAAUACAUGAGCGUCUAUGAACAGAAGUUAUGA